AUGGCGGAGCUCCACCCGGAGCCGCCGCCCUUGGAUCCCACGCUCCUCCGCGGGGAGCUCCAGCGGCUACGUGGCGAGUACGACUCCCUCAAGGCUGCGGCCGAGGAGGCGGCGGCCUGUCCGGGGUUGGAGGUUGCUGGAGUUGAUGUGCGUUUGCACGACCUGCGCCUGGAGCGCUUGGCCUUGAAGGCGCUCCUGGACCGCUACCGAGAACGGCCGCCGAAGGUGGACGCUGGGCUGCAACCAUCGGCGGAGUCCAUCGGCGGACUUUCAGUGCAGAGCGUGUUGAGUGGUUACCUCUCGUAUAUAGUUCACAGUGAGGAAGAGCUGGCCGAGAGGUACGAGUCCGAGAUUGAUCAGUUUCUGGGCCGGGAAGAGCUGUCCGAGGAGUUGCGACAGCUCCAGGAGGAGAAUGCCCUGUUGGCCUACCAUGCCGCCUGCGAUGACGAAGCGUCUCCAGCUCCGACCCCAUCGGCCUCCGCCCGGACGCCGCGCACCACUGUGGGCUCCGCGCAGCGCCGUUCGGCGCGGCAGGUGAAGGAGCAAGCGAAGGAGGUCCGGCAAUGUGAGGCACAGCUGAUGGCCUUGCGACGCAGGACGCGGGUCAAUGAGUGGUACUUGGUGCCUGGUUUUGAAGUUUGGUGUGUCGUCGGAUGGGAAGACGCUCAGCUGAAGACACAGCUCCAAGAAACGGGCAAGCUCCUGCAGGGCCGUGAGAGCUGCUUGAAGGAUCUCAAGGAGCGUAUUGACCAGGCCCAUGCAGACCGACGACGUCUCAGUGGGGAGCGUGUGCGAACGCAGCAGACCCUGGAGACCGAGCGACAGGAGCUGGUGCAGCUGCAUCAGGAGGCCCUCAGCUUACGGGAGGCCUGCUAUUUGCCUGCGCAGCUCAAAAAGAAGAGCAGCAUGUUGACCAAAUUCCUUGAUCAGGAAGGCGGUCGCCUUCAACUGGAGAAGCACCUCCGUGCCUCCAGCGCCGUGCAGCAGCUCUACCGCCGCGUGGGCAGCGAGGCGCCGGAGGCCACGGCGCUGGCUGGGCGAGUGAAGGCAGAUAUGGAGGCAGCCUGUCAAAAGGUACAGGACUCCGCUGGAUGGAUGUGUUGUGUUUCUGGUCGCAUAUGGUGCUGA